UUUUUUGAAGAUUUGCGAAUUCUCGGUUUUCCUCUCUCUAGGGUUGGGUUUGUGAUGAGAGGGAUGGAGCGGAGUGAGUGCUUUUGGAGAUCUCUGCUUCGCGGUGAUCCGUAGCGGUUGGCAUUGGAAUCUAGGGUUUUUGCUUAGAUCUCCGUGUUUUGAGUCGUUUGGAUUAAGAUUUUUGUUUUCGGAUCUCUGACUUGGAAAUUGUUGGAGCUACGGUUGUAAUUUGGAAGGAACUGAUCUGCAUUAAAGGACUGGACGAGGAUUUUUCUUCCCUAAAGCUUUAAUUCUUGAAAGGCAAGGCAAGAGAACAGAAGUUGGAAAACUGGGAGAAGAGUGAGAGUAAUUUGAUGGUUUUUUAAUAAGAUUAGAUUUUAACCUUCACUGUCUGCAUAACAACAUUCAAAAUUCAGCGACCAGGUUCAGGGGGUGACUUGCCCCAAAGUGGCGAGUUCAUCCCUUUCCCUGUAGCCAGGAGGGUGAAUUCCUCCCAUGCUGUAACUAUGGAUGACGAUGUGGAGAGUGGUGCUUUGGGGCCUUACCAAGAUAAGCCAAGGAUUUUCCCCAGCAUGCGGAGUAAAUCUUACACCCCAUUGAUUUUUCGAAUUUUCAUGGGAAUAAAUGUCCGUGUGCUUUUUGUACUUCUGCUCUUGGGCUUGGGAGCUGUUUUUUAUGUUGGGGCAAGAACUUCUCCAAUCCUUGUGUUUGUCUUCUCAGUGUGCAUCAUCAGCUUCCUUUUAUCAAUCUAUCUUACUAAAUGGGUACUAGCGAAGGAUGAGGGGCCUCCUGAGAUGGCUCAGAUAUCAGAUGCAAUACGUGAUGGAGCAGAAGGUUUCUUCAGGACCCAAUAUGGGACUAUUUCCAAGAUGGCAAUGUUACUAGCUCUUGUGAUCCUUAGCAUAUAUUUGUUUCGCAGUACAACUCCUCAACAAGAAUCUUCUGGCAUAGGAAGGUCAACAACUGCAUAUAUUACUGUUGCUGCCUUUCUCCUAGGGGCUCUUUGUUCAGGAAUUGCUGGGUAUGUUGGAAUGUGGGUGUCGGUACGAGCAAACGUUCGAGUCUCAAGUGCUGCAAGACGGUCUGCAAGAGAAGCAUUGCAGAUAGCUGUUCGUGCUGGUGGUUUCUCUGCCCUUGUUGUUGUUGGUAUGGCUGUAAUUGGUGUUGCCAUCCUUUAUGCCACAUUUUAUGUUUGGUUGGGGGUAGAUUCGACAGGUUCAAUGAAGGUUACUGAUUUGCCUCUUCUUCUUGUGGGAUAUGGAUUUGGAGCUUCAUUUGUUGCCCUUUUUGCUCAGUUGGGUGGUGGAAUAUAUACAAAAGCAGCAGAUGUUGGAGCUGAUCUGGUUGGAAAGGUGGAGCAGGGAAUACCUGAAGAUGAUCCUCGAAAUCCUGCUGUGAUUGCAGAUUUGGUUGGAGACAAUGUUGGUGAUUGUGCUGCUAGAGGUGCUGAUCUGUUCGAAAGUAUUGCAGCUGAAAUCAUCAGUGCUAUGAUACUGGGUGGAACAAUGGCUCAACGUUGCAAGAUUGAAGAUCCAUCUGGUUUCAUCCUGUUUCCUCUUGUCAUUCACUCUUUUGACCUGGUAAUAUCAUCGGUUGGAAUAUUUUCAAUAAGGGGGACACGUGACUCUGGAGUGAAGUCACCUGUCGAGGAUCCAAUGGCAAUUCUUCAGAAAGGAUACUCCAUUACAAUAAUUUUAGCUGUUUUGACAUUUGGCUUGUCUACCCGUUGGCUACUUUACACCGAACAAGCACCUUCUGCUUGGAUGAACUUUGCCUUAUGUGGAUUAGUUGGAAUUAUGACAGCUUAUGUUUUUGUCUGGAUCACCAAGUACUAUACUGACUACAAGCAUGAACCUGUUCGCACUCUAGCUCUUUCUAGCUCCACAGGGCAUGGGACCAACAUAAUAGCAGGUGUCAGUUUGGGUCUGGAAUCUACUGCUCUUCCUGUCAUCGUCAUUAGCAUAUCUAUUGUCUCAGCUUUCUGGCUCGGCCAAACUUCGGGCCUAGUGGAUGAAACUGGGAACCCAACUGGUGGGCUGUUUGGGACUGCUGUUGCAACAAUGGGAAUGCUCAGCACUGCUGCCUAUGUUCUAACUAUGGAUAUGUUUGGUCCAAUAGCUGAUAAUGCUGGUGGAAUAGUAGAGAUGAGUCAGCAGCCUGAAAGUGUUCGGGAGAUCACUGAUCUUCUUGAUGCAGUUGGGAACACCACAAAAGCUACCACCAAGGGAUUCGCCAUUGGAUCCGCGGCACUUGCAUCCUUCCUUCUGUUCAGUGCUUAUAUGGAUGAGGUGUCAGCAUUUGCUCAUGAACCUUUUAAGCAGGUUGAUAUUGCCAUUCCAGAAGUUUUUGUUGGUGGGUUGUUGGGCUCUAUGCUUAUUUUCCUAUUUAGUGCAUGGGCAUGUUCUGCAGUUGGCCGGACUGCUCAAGAGGUUGUCAAUGAAGUAAGAAGACAGUUUAUUGAGAGGCCAGGUAUCAUGGACUAUAAAGAGAAACCAGACUAUGGUCGUUGUGUUGCCAUUGUAGCAUCUGCAUCUCUGAGGGAGAUGAUAAAACCCGGUGCUUUGGCUAUUGUAUCACCUAUAGUGGUUGGCUUUCUGUUCCGGAUUUUGGGAUACUACACCGGACAUCCUCUACUCGGGGCUAAAGUUGUGGCUUCAAUGUUGAUGUUUGCAACAGUUGCGGGUAUACUCAUGGCCCUUUUCCUGAACACAGCUGGUGGUGCCUGGGACAACGCAAAGAAGUAUAUAGAAACGGGCGCUCUUGGAGGCAAGGGAAGUGAUGCCCACAAAGCUGCAGUUACCGGAGACACUGUGGGAGACCCCUUCAAAGACACGGCCGGACCGUCCCUCCAUGUCCUAAUCAAAAUGUUGGCAACCAUCACUCUGGUCAUGGCACCGGUCUUUCUGUGAGAAGAAUUGAGGCUAUAUUUAAAUCUAUUUUGGUAAAUACGGUACCCAUUGCUCUCUUCGAAUCAUUUUGAUAUCUUCUUGCAAAUAUACAGAGAUAGGUGGAUGUAACUCAAUUAGAGUGCCUGAAUUUUCCUUCUUUUAACUUGAAAUAAGAGAUGUUCAAUAGUUAGCUUUUAUCAACAUUCUUUUAUAAAUAUGCAGCUAAGUGUCGGGAUUGAUGGAUCAGUAGAUCAGUUUAAACCCUUAAAAACGCCAUGUGAGAGCAAUCGUAAGAGUCGGGAGAACAGUGUAUGGCUUUUGAUCAAAUCAUCAAACCCAGUAAUGUAUUAUUUUCUAUUGAUUAUCACUCUGGGGAAGUUGAUCA